CCUACUUCACAUUUCUAGCGAGAACAGUUCCUCGAAUUAUGGUACAGUGCAUAAUGUCCCAAGGCCGGAAACGCAUAAUCGUAUGCCUCGAUGGUACUUGGGUCAAUAGUGACAAGGGCUAUGUACGCCCAACCCUGAGCCAGCCAAAUGCCAGCCUCCAGGUUCCUUCGAAUGUGAGUCGGCUUUACCGGGCCCUGAAGAGAAGAGACCGGGAUGGGAGGCUCCAGGUUAUGUACUACCAUUCAGGCGUUGGUAGUGGGAGUUUCACCGACGCAAUUGCCGGUGGAGCGUUUGGUGCUGGACUUUCUGAAAACAUUCGUGAAGCCUACGACUUUAUCACGACUAACUACGAAUCGGGAGAUGAAAUCAUUAUAGUGGGCUUCUCUCGUGGGGCGUUUACAGCUCGAAGCCUAGCAGGUCUUAUCACUGAAAUCGGUCUCCUCAAUUCCACUGGUAUGCAAAGCUUCUACCCUAUAUUUAAGGACAUUGAGAACGCGCAAAACCCCCAGUACAAGGACCAGUUCCGUAGCAUGCCAUUCUCUCAUAAGCCGAGACCACCUUUCCAGACUAAAGUCUAUAGGCGGCGAUUGGAAGAGGGUGGCUUCACACGGAUUUAUGAUGCCGAUGGCUCCUCGAUCAAAGUUCGCUGUGUUGCGGUCUGGGAUACCGUUGGCAGCCUAGGGAUUCCCGAUACAAAUAUAGGUGUUAGGAAGGGUUACCAACUUCUUAUCACAUACAGAUUUUACGACACGUCUCUGUCAAAUGGCAUCGAAUAUGCAUUUCAGGCUUUAGCUCUUGAUGAAACGCGAACCUCCUUUGCUCCAGCUGUAUGGGAAAAACCGCACCACGUCCUCACCGACUUAAGGCAGGUUUGGUUUCUUGGAUCCCAUGCAAAUGUUGGAGGUGGUUGGCCAGACCAAGAGCUUGCGAACGUUUCCAUGGCCUGGAUGAUGGAUCAACUUGCUUCCAUUGGGGUAGCCUUUGAUGAUGGCACUAUCGACCACAUCUUUCAAGACAAUGUUCGCUACUACCUUGAUCAUCCCAACGCAUCUCAAUCGACAUUGAAUCCUUUCAAGCGUCGACCAUGGACCCAAUGGGCCGUCUCUGAUAUAUAUAAGGAGCAUCGGCCUGUCCGCCCCUGGGCUUUGGGUAAGAUCUAUGAAUCUGAGACUGGUUUCUAUCAUUUGGCAGGGAAAACCACUCGUACUCCGGGAAUGUAUCAUCACGUGGAUCCCCAGAAAGCUGUUUCGACAGCUAGAUUCCUGAGCAAUACGAAUGAAAGAAUUCAUCGCAGUGUCCGUAUCAGACUUGAGCUGGAAGGGCUAGGUUUUGACGACGUUGGUCUCUACAAAUGCCCCGCGCUCUUCAAAGAGGGGCCCUGGCGUCUGAAGCGAAUGUCCAUCGAGUCUCUAAAUAUCCUUCUUCAUCGACAGGGCCAAAGUCCCUAUGGAAACUCGGGUAAGGCUUCGGGGGAGGAGGACGGAUCUUGCUGGACAUGGAAAUAUGUUGGCCCAAAGCACGGCGCGCCACCGGUGACUGUGAUGGUUGAAGAAGCGAUAGGGCCGUACGAGAGCAGGUUGCUGAGUCUGAACAAAGUCAUCCCCUACACCACCGAUAAUCAACCCGAGAUGUCUCAACUAGGAGGCAACCUGUAUUGCUUGGGCCGAAAAAAAAUCCCCGCAUAUGAACGCUAA